CGUGAUAGAUCCCCCGUUGUCUUCUAGCUGCCACCGUCAUCCACGUGCCUUUCAUGGCCGACGUCUUUUGGAGGUUGUCGCUGCUGGUGCUGGUCGUCCUAUUGCUCCUCCUAUUGGUUGUCUUCCACAUGUGCAUCCUCGGCUGCGUUUCUCGACGUGGCCGCAGAAGGAGGUCUUUCAAGAACGACGCCAGGAUGGAGGGCCGGCAGACGAUCAGCGGGUCAGCAGGGGAGCACGGUGGGCGGCGGUCUGGGCACAGCCCGUCGAAUAGUUCAAGGCCAUCGGAGCGGUCUGGGUACGCGCACCUGCCACCGCACUUGCAACCUAUGCCAGACACGUCCGACGAGGAGGCGGGGAAGCGGAUCCGCCUAGGAGUGGACGGCUACAGAGCUGUUUGGAAGUCGCGAGGGCGGUCUCCAGCGCCGCUGUGGGAGGCUUCGGGGAACAACAAGGAUCCUCUGAGGCAGCAAUUUCGUUCGUCGUCUGUGUGUAGGGGUGCCUCCGCUCACCCCCACUGGAUGCAGUCUCCGUCUCCCCUGUCCGCCGGUUCGAUUGCAGGCCGCCGUCUUGGCGAGUGUGGGGAGACGGCGCGUGGCAUCGCUGAUGUUCGCGACGCACGUGACGGGAGGGAGAUGUGGGCAGAACAACGACGGUUGAUGCGGUCGGGGCGGGAGGAGUCCAUAACUCGGGGGGUGCAACGAUUGCGUGUUGGGAAAGACGGACACGACUGCGAGGAAGCAGUGGCGGACGCGCACGACUCCGACUGGAAUGACAACGGCGCUGAAGGUGGGGAGGAUGACGCAGGCUACAUUUCGCCGUCGAAGCAAGCGGCCGCUAUGGGAGGGAGGGGCGGGAAGACGAAGUCGUGUGUCGACAAUGGUCGUCGGGGCAAAAGGACGGCGGGCAAGGGUAGCGAUGCCAAAGGUGACGUCGAUGGGGAAGGAGGUCAUCACUUCUGGUCCGUCGACGACAUUAUAGCCCUCACCCGGGCUAAACGUGAUCAGGAUGCGCAUCUGCAGGGGAUGGGUCACGCGUACGCUCGGAUGAAGCCGCGAGAAUGGAAGUGGUUGGAUGUGGCGACGAGGUUGAAGAAGGUGGGCGUCGACAGAGAGGCCGAUCGGUGCGGAAAGAAGUGGGACAAUUUGAUGCAGCAGUUCAAGAAGGUUCAUCAUUUCCAAGGACUGUCCGGGAAACAGGACUUCUUCCAAUUGUCUGGGAAGGACAGGAUGUCGAAGGGCUUCAGUUUCAAUAUGGAUCGUGCGGUUUACGAUGAAAUACUGGGGUCGACCACCAAGAACCACACCAUAAACCCGAAGAACGUCGCCGACACUGGUGCUCAGGGUGGUGUGCGUCUGCCGUCCGCCUCUUUUGCGGAUCCUAAAUCUGUGGACGACCGGGACGGUGGUGCAGAGCACGACGAUGACGACUCCACGAAAGGUCCUUCGCAGACGACGGGUGGCGCAGGCGAUUUCGGCAAGAAGAAGAGCACGAGGCAGCAAACUUUUGAGGCAAUGACGGAAUGCAUGGAGAAGCACGGGGCGCUAAUGGCGUCGACGAUGGAGAGCAACAACAAACGUCAUUGCUACAUCGCCCCCCCUGUUCGUCGCUUCAUCCACCACCUGGGCGUCGCUCUGGGAAAUGCUCCACACCCCAUGGCAUAGCACACCUGCAGGACGGCGUCGCAAAUGGCACCACUGCCCUCUUCGUCCAUAUGCAUGGCCUGCAGCGUCU